GCAAAACAGAAACUCUAGAUCUCAGGCUGUUUCCUGGCAUUUGGCGGUGAUACAGGAUUGCUGGUCCCUUAUGUGGAUUUGUCUUUUAAGAGAAGUUUGCUUUUGUCAGAAAGAGAUUGUUGUCGUGGGAUACAUCUAAGACAAUUAUAAUCAUGGGGCAAGCUGAUGUCUCCAGACCGGUAAAUCCAGAUGCAGCUGAAGAAGCAGAGCAGCCCUCUGGAGACGCAGGCAUGGUCAUGGACAGUGUGGAAGCAGGGGACACAACACCUCCCACCAAAAGGAAAAGCAAGUUCUCAGGGUUUGGCAAGAUCUUCAAGCCGUGGAAAUGGAGGAAAAAAAAAAGUAGUGAUAAAUUCAAAGAGACAUCAGAAGUUUUAGAGCGAAAAAUAUCUAUGCGAAAACCAAGAGAAGAGCUGGUUAAAAGAGGGGUUUUGUUGGAAGACCCCGAGCAGGGUGGUGAGGAUUCAGGAAAGCUGAGCCAUGCUGCAUUAAAGAAUGGACACACUACCCCCAUAGGGAGUGCCAGGUCCUCUAGUCCAGUCCUAGUGGAAGAAGAGCCAGAGAGAAGUCUCAGGAAUCUUGCUCCAGAAGAGGAUCCAAGGAAGAGACUUGACUCAGCUGGAAGCCAGCCUAACUCUGAAGCAGAACCUGCUCCUGAGCGUGCAGCUAAGCAGCCUCUGCUGCCCCCCAAGAGACUCCUAUCCUCUUCUGAUGAAGCAGAUGAGGGGCAAGCAAAGGAGGUCCCGGCCGGCAGUCCAGCAGGGUCCGGCUCCUCCAUUUCUGGCUCUACCACCGUGACACCUGCUGCCACCACUGCUGCCACAGAAGUGACAAAGACUGUUAAGUCCUCUGUCGGCCCCGCCCCCACCCCCAGGACUCUGCCUGCUGCUCCUCCUAGCACUAACACUGCUGCCACUCAUACGACCCCUGCCAAGCAACCCCCAAUCCCACCCCCUAAACCAGCUCAGAGAAACAGCAACCCUGUCAUUGCUGAACUAUCUCAAGUAAUGACCAGUGGCACACUGCUGUCGAAACCAUCUCCACCCUUACCACCCAAGAGAGGCAUUCCAUCAACUUCAGUACCCAGCUCGCAGCCCGCUGCUUCAUUCACAACCAAGACAGCAAAUGAUCAAAGAGAAAAAACUGUCUCUUUGUGUUUGGAACCACCACUGACAAUCCCGCCUUCAUCCCCAUCACCUCCACUGCCUACCCACAUACCUCCAGAGCCUCCACGGUCCCCUCUAGUCUCUGCUAAGACUUUUCAAAUUGUGCCAGAAGUUGAGUUUUCCCCUUCUUCAGAUCUAUUCCAGGACAUUUCCCAGCAGGAAGAUCAGAAAAUGGAAAUCUCCAAGAAGAUACAGGACCAGAGCUUUGGGGAGUCCCGUAUACCGUCCAGGCUACCCCAACUCCCACUGCAUAUCCGAAUUCAGCAGGCCCUUACCAGCCCCCUUCCUGUGACCCCUCCCUUGGAAGGCACUCACAGAGCCCAUUCACUGCUCUUUGAGAACAGUGACAGCUUCUCUGAGGACACUGGUACCCUGGGUCGGACCAGGUCACUUCCCAUCACGAUUGAAAUGUUGAAAGUUCCAGAUGAUGAAGAGGAGGAGCAGACCUGCCCGUUUGUUGAAGACAGGACAUCUACCUCAGCCACCCCUAAACUACCACUGUGUCUGCAAGAGGAAGAGAAGGAGAGCGACUCAGAUUCAGAGGGUCCCAUUCAGUAUCGAGAUGAAGAAGAAGAGGAUGAUGAUGAUGAAAGCCAUCAGAGUGCCCUGGCCAACAGAGUGAAGAGGAAGGACACGCUGGCAAUGAAGCUGAGCAGCAGACCCAGUGAACCAGAGACGAACCUGAAUUCUUGGCCUCGUAAAAGCAAGGAGGAGUGGAAUGAAAUACGGCACCAGAUCGGGAACACGCUGAUCCGGCGACUGAGUCAAAGACCAACAGCAGAAGAACUGGAGCAACGGAAUAUACUACAGCCUAAAAAUGAAGCUGAUCGCCAAGCAGAAAAACGGGAAAUUAAGCGUCGGCUCACUAGAAAGCUCAGUCAAAGGCCAACUGUGGCUGAACUACUUGCCAGGAAGAUCCUGAGGUUUAAUGAGUAUGUGGAGGUAACAGAUGCUCAAGACUAUGACCGACGAGCAGAUAAACCGUGGACCAAACUGACUCCUGCUGACAAGGCUGCCAUAAGGAAAGAAUUAAAUGAAUUUAAAAGCUCGGAGAUGGAGGUUCACGUAGACAGCAAACAUUUUACACGCUACCAUCGCCCAUGAAGCUGAAGCCUGAGAAAGGAACUAAAGGACCAUUGGAAAAGGAAAAGCAUAACUGUUUUGUCGCUUGUCUCCAGGGAGACCUUCGCACUUCCCACAGGGCCAGAGCCGCUCUGGGAUCUGGUUCAGGGCAAACAGCACUUGUAUGAUGUAGCCUUCCCUGGGUUUGGAUCCUUGUGCUCCCCUUAGAGAAGAGGGAAACGCCGGUGCCGGGAGCCUUGUAGCAACCCUGCAGCAGCCUUGAGGGCUUCUCUCACCAGCCACAGCAGCACAGGGCCACUUGCAGGUCCUGAGUUUCCCUGGCUGCAGCACAUGACAGCUGUGCUGGGGCUGUUUGUACCGUCAGCCUUACCCGUCUGCCUGUCUGAGAGCCACUCAUGGAGGCAUGAUUCCAGCCAUCAAGUCCUCUUACCAGGAAAAAAAAGCCUUCUGGAUGCACCAGCCCUUCCAGCCAAGCCCCACUUCCAGAAAAAGUGCUUGGACCUCACUGGUGUCAGUUCAGAGAUUGCACUGCACUGACCGCUCUCGAAGCGGAAGGAAGCCCAGGCUCCGACCUGUCCCUCUCUCCUUUCGGCAGUUGUCAUCCUAGGUCCUUUCUUUUUUGUUUUGAGACAAGAUUUUAUACUGUGGCUCCAGCUGGCCUGCAAACUCACUGUGUAGCUCAGGCUGGCCUGCAGACUCACUGUGUUGCUCAGGCUGGCCUCAAACUCCUGUCUCAGCCUCUCAAGUGCUGGGAUUAUAAGCACGAACCUUCAUGCUUUCAUCCUGGCCCUUAUUUUAAAGUGAGCUUAAAGAAAUGGGGAAAUGUAUUCAUUCCAUAGUCUGAGCUAUAAUCAGAAUCCAGGUGAUCAAAUGAGAAAGCCAUGUGCAUUCUCUAUGUACAAACCAAGAAAAAGGCCUUACUAUUAAUGCCAGUUUGGCAGAGAACUGACUCAUGGGGCAGACUUUAUUAUACGUUCCUUGUACCAAAUGAUACUGUAAAUCACUUCAGCCUAUGGGAGCAUUGUGUGCUACAGGUGCCCGUGCUUCUAGCCAGAGCCCCUUCCUUGGUGCUGUUGGCCCUCCCUACUGCACAGUCCCUCUCUACUGCAUUAGCCCCUCCCUCCUGACAGCCAGCACCUCACUUGCUUUUCCAGUCCAUGUUGUAGCCAGUGUGGUUGGUGCCUGCAUUUUCUUGUCAGGCCUCCCAUUUGUACUUGGGUGCAGAUUUGAUUAUGUGCCUCAAAGAACUUUUUUCCUGACCCCACACAGCCUCACUAUUCCUGCCUAAAUUCUAUUUACAUUGUAAGUGGAAGAGAAAUGUAGCUGGGUUUGUCUCUUUUCUUUUUGUUUUAGUCUGUACUUCAGUAUGUAGCCCAGGCUAGCCUUUGACUUGAAGUCUUCCUUACUCAGCCUUCCCAGUCUGGGAUCACAGAUGGUGACAGUCAUACCCAGCUGUUACUUACCGUAAUAUCUAGUGAACUGUGGAUCUUUUAAAAAGAAUUUUUCCGUUUAUUCUGUUUCCUGUCUGUAUUCUUUCGGCAAUUUUCUCCUUGUCAACAUCACACUUAUUAAAGAGUUAGAAUAUAGGGCAAACAAAAAAGCUAAAGUGACCUUAAAACUUUCUUCUCUAUGGAGAAAAAAGUGCUUUUAUUUGUUUUUUCUCUUAUUGCCAGGUAGUUUCUGGCUAUGGAAAAAAAGACUGCGUCCUCAUCUCCUCAGAGCUUGAGUUAAGGAGGGUAAAAAAGGACAGUUCAGUUCAGCCUGUGAGAAGUCUGGAUACAAGGUUGCCACAGCUGCUGAUCUCUGAUUACGUUUUGUUCUGUGUUGCUGAUGGAGGCUGUUCUCACAAGCAAGGCCGGUGCUCCGCCCCUGAUUUCCCCAGCUCUGCCUCUGCUCUGCCCCUGUUUCUCCUUUCUCAGUCCCAGGUAUAGAGUAGUUUGCUUGUGUCUGUGCUGUCUAUGGUGUGGUAACAUGUAGGUAGGGUCUCAUGUAGCCUCACUAUGUAGCCAAGGAUCCCCCUGCCUCCACCUCCCACGCACAAGUCUCCCAGAUGCACCCACCGGGCCUCCCUGGACGUCUCACACUGCUGCUCUCCCUCACGGUGCCAAGCCUGAGCUCCCCGUCUGCUUGUGUGUGCCAUCAAGGGCUCCCACUCACUGUUCAUCUCAUUUGUCUUCUGAAGCAUGAUAUGUUAGGGCGGCAUCUAGUCAGUGGUUUUGUUCUUCUGUAUAUAUAAGUUGAUGAUGUAUUUUCUUCUGUAAUUUGAAGCUUAUGAUCAUAAUGUAAAGGAGUAAGAGCCUAGCGUGUCCGCUAAGAUGCUUCCCUGAUGCACAGAAUCUUGUAAAAUACAUGAUUACAUUGUAUAUCAGUCUUCCCACCAGUCCUAAUUAUUAAAGUAUUUUAGAAUAUCCA